AUGGAGCGCAACAACCGUACCGUCAUUAUCGGACGCAUCGUAAUCACCAUCAACACCACACUCAACGAUACCGACGAUGCCAUCUUUUCGCCCAACCGCAACAUCUUCUACGUAUCCGUGGAUAUCAUCGCCCUCAUCGGUGUCCUGGCCACCAACGGUUUUGUUCUAGGUAUUCUCUUAUGCAACCGCCAUCUGCACACCCCCUUCAACAUCUACGUCAUGAGUCUAUGUACGUCCAACAUCCUUUGUUACGACGUCUUCGUUAACGUCCUGCAGAUCUUAAAUGACUGGUACGCCACGUGGUGGAUGGGACCGGCCGCGUGUGUGGUGUUAUUGUACGGGAAUUUCGUCUUCACCGGCGGAACGAAUAUGUCCCACUUCCUCAUCACUUUCAACCGGCUGUGGGCGGUGUUCCAUCCAUUCUCCUACCGCGAAUACCACUCCAGGAAUUUCGCGGUAAUUGUGUGCUUAUCCAUCUGGGCGAUCAUCCACCUGGUGACCUUACCGCCGCUGCUUCUUGAUUUGCCCAGUAAAGGCCGUGUGGAUGAAGGCGGGUGUGACCUUGAUCCUGGAACUCAUCGCACAUGGACCCUGGUGGUCUUAAUUGUCGUUUACCUGAUUCCGACCGCGUUCGUCAUUGGAUCCUACCCGGUGUUUGUGUACAAGAAGAUCCGUACCGGUGUGGAGAAAGGUCGCGAUGUGGUGCCGUCGGUAUCAUCGCGCAAUCAAAGUUUGUUUCGCAGCCGUCACCGGGAGCUGGACCGCGGAUUUUUGGUGUUGACCGCGAUGACGAUGAGCGUUACGGUGUGCUGGCUGCCAAAUAAUGUCUCAGCCACUGUCACGAUUUUUACUGGACGUGCGGCGCCGGAAUGGAUGCGUAAGAUGUUCUGGGCGUUGUAUCCGGUGCAGGCGCUUAUCGAUCCCGUCCUAUUUGCGGUGUGUCUGCAGGAUGUGCGGCAAGCAGUCAGAAAGUGUUUAUCUAUACCUUGCCGAGCUGGAACGUGCGUAACUAAUCAACGUGAUCUCGUUCACAAGAAAUUUACCGGUCAAACUUAA